AUGGCGGGGGAGUCAGGGUCCGUACAUGUAUCGUUGCCCAAAGCUAUGACGAUAGCUGCCUUUUUUGGCAUUUCCAUCCACAGUUCCAUCGAAAUUCUCUUCUCAAUCUUUUACCGAUUCAAAAACCGACGAGGAUUGUAUUUCUGGAGCAUGCUUGUUGCAUGUAUCGGGAUCCCUGUCCAUGCGAUAGCCGUGCUGCUACGCAUGUUCGGCCUCGCACCAAACGCGGUGAUGUCGUUCAUUAUUGUCCUAGGCUGGUGGGCUAUGGUAACCGGCCAGGCUGUAGUGCUUUUCUCGCGACUCAAUCUGGUUAGCGAUAACAAAAAGAUUCGCUGGGUGCUAGUCAUGAUUAUCACCAAUUUCAUCGUCUUCCACUUGCCUGUAUCAGCAUUGUACCUCGCCAUCAACAUUCGCACUUUCAACUCACUCACCAAAAUCUUCUCCAUCUACGAAAAGAUCCAACUCGUCGGUUUCUCCAUCCAAGAGAGCAUCAUUGCUAGCAUUUACAUCUGGGAGGCCUCACGCACCCUCAAACCCAUUCUAGAAUUCAGGGGACCGAAAGAAAGAAAGAUAAUCAAGCACCUGAUUCUUGUCAAUGUCCUUGUUGUCGCCAUGGAUGCCAGUCUACUCGUCACCGAAUUCACAAAUAAUUUCGAAAUUCAAACGACUUACAAGACUGUUGUCUACAGCAUAAAGCUAAAACUCGAGUUCUAUGUCUUGAAUCAGCUGCUGUUGAUAACUCAA